AUGAGUGACGACAAGUACUAUACUUUAGCCGAGGGCUGUCCCUUCGCAAGCAAUGCAACAGCUCUUUUGAUGCGUGGAAAGCAAGGAAGUGGGCUCGGCUUGCUUCAGGAUACUCAGCUUAUUGAGACCUUGGCCCAUUUCUCUCGCGAGAGAAUCCCAGAGAGAGUCGUUCACGCCAAAGCUGUCGGAUCCUACGGAGAAUUCGAAGCCACCCGUGACUGUUCCGACUUCACCAGCGCCAGCUUUCUCAACAAGGUCGGAAAGAAGACGCCUAUGCUUCAGCGCGUAUCAACGGUUGGCCCCGAAUCUGGAUCUGCUGAUACUUCCCGUGAUGUGCACGGGUGGGCCAUGAAGUUUUACACCGAUGAAGGAAACCAGGAUUUCGUUUUCAACAAUACUCCUGUUUUCUUUAUUCGCGACCCUAUCAAGUUUCCUUCUAUGAACCGCUCUCACAAGCGACACCCUCAAACUCAUCUUCCCGACGCAAACAUGUUCUGGGAUUUCCAUGUCGGCAAUCCUGAGGGUAUCCAUCAACUUCUGGUUCUGUUCAGUGACCGUGGCACUCCGAAGUCAGUUCGCUACAUGAGCUCGUACAGUGGACACACCUAUAAGUUCACUAAGGCAGAUGGCUCUUUUAAAUAUGCGAAAAUCCAUAUGAAAACGCAGCAAGGAAUUGAAAACCUCUCUUCUCAAGAAGCUACCAGAAUCGCCGGGGAGGAUCCUGAUUUUAUGAUUCGCGAUAUGUUCGAGGCAAUUGAGAGGGGUGACUACCCAACCUGGAACGUUUACGUCCAACUGAUGAGCCCUGAAGAAGCGGAGAAAUACAAGUGGAACAUCUUCGAUAUGACCAAGGUUUGGCCACAUACGGACUUCCCUCUGCAACAGAUCGGCCGUGUUACCAUGAACCGCAACCCACAAAAUUACUUCGCCGAUAUCGAACAAGCGGCAUUUUCACCCUCGACAAUGGUCCCUGGAAUCGCUGCCUCCGCUGAUCCAGAUUAA